GAAGGGAAACGCUUUCUCCCGUGACUUAGGGUAGAAAGACAACAUCUGUCAAACACACGCGCGCACACACACACACACGGGACUCAUCACCUGUCAAUCAAACACCUCUUAACCUGAUUGUGCUGCUGUCUGAGGAUGAUGAAGAUGUUGAUGAUGAUGCGGCCCUGACUGACACACACACACACACACACACACACACACACACUUGGGAUCAUGGGCUCGUCUCUCAGUGAACCCUGCAUCUAUGAUAAGCUGUCUGAGAGCAUCGAGAUCCUCCGGCAGUCCGGCUAUCGCUACGGGAUGACCGAGAGAGAGAUCGAGAAGUUCAUCAAGCAGGUUCUGGAGACGAACGAGCCCCGCCGAGACCCGCCGCAGUUCCCGGUGCUGAGGGCCGCCGUGAAGUUUGCAGUGGCGGUGGGAGUCCUGCUGGUGGCAGUGCUGGUGUUCUCGUCUCCUCUGGGAUCUCUCGGCGCCGCGGGACACAACAGCUCGUCUCCGCUCAGUCAUGUGCGUCUGCUGGCGCUGCCCAUCGCACAGAAGUACAACCUGCACGGGUUUCACCAGCGCUGGGCGUCCGGCGCUCUACACACGGCUCCGGUGAACUGCUCCGCCUGCGCAGACGUGACCGACGUGAUGGAACUCACUGACGCACUGAGAGCGUCUGCAGGGAAGAUCAGACUCACACAGCCACUGCUGCUCAAGGGUGGAGCGUCUCUGUCUCGGCGUGUGUCUCAGCUGGAUCAGUUCUCCUCGUCUGACUCUCUCUCUCCGUCUCCUGCCAACUUCACUCUGCUCUGGAGUUUCUCGUCCAGUCCCAGAGAGACGGUUCUCGGCUGGCUGUUCCCUGACGCGGAGCUCUGCCCCCUGCUGGAGAACACGGGCACCACACUGCAGCGCUGCCAGCUGAGUGACAUCACCAGCCCUCGUCACGCGAGAGUGCAGGUGUUGGGUUGGCUCGUGGUGGCUGACGGUUCUCCGGCGGUUCAUGUUCUUCCCGUCCAGCGAUGCCAAAACCACUGCCGCUCCUUCAGCCUCUGGCUGGAGCCGGGAGACAUGGUGUUCGCCGACCCGCGCCACUGGCUGAUGGAGCUUCUCCCGCACGGAUCUCAGGACGUGAUGUGUGACGGCCCGGUGCUCUGAGACCGGCCCCCUGUGCCAAUGCUGUGGACUCAAUCCCGUCUCACGAGCUUCAGACGUCCCGCAGAAAACCUUCGCUCGCGGCGCCCAGCGCUGAGGAGAACGCCGGCUUCAGCGGUGGCACCGUUCAGAGACCAGAUGCUGAAUCCAGACGCCGCGUCGCCCUCGGAUUGUGUUCAGGAAAUGACAUCAUUACUUCUCUUCCUCCGUUGGUCUUUUCGUUGAGCUCCGGUGAUGACCGACCGCCGUAUGUCUCGAUGAAACUCAGGAACAUGUUCUCGGACAUAAUUCAUGCCGGAGUUUAAAAAAUAAGUUUCGUUUUGUUCAAAGAAAAUCACGCGUGUUUUAGGACUUGCUGAUUAUUUGUGACAUUAUUUUCAUGACAAAUAAGCACUUUUUAUCAACUCGCAUUACUGAGAUGCAAACCUCAA